AUGAGUGAUAAUCUUACACUCGAUGAAGUUGAUAUAGAAGUAUUCGGUCAAAACUAUGUUUUUGAAGGACCAGAAAAACUUUUGGAAAUUUGGUUCGGACCUUCACCGGAUACUAUUCCAAAUAGUCUCUUUCCAAAUGAUAAUGAUGACAAACCACCCCCAUUAAAAACUGGUUUACGUCUAGUUGAAAGAGUUAUAUGGAACAAGUUUUUGGAACUUGUUAAAUGUGAAGUAUUGAAUGUAAUUAAUAAUGAUUAUAUGGAUGCUUAUUUAUUAAGCGAAUCUUCGAUGUUUAUUUAUCCUCAUAAAAUCAUUUUAAAAACUUGCGGUACAACUACGCUUUUGGUUGCUUUACCUCGUCUUCUUGAAAUCGCUUCUGAAUAUUGUCACCUUCAUAAAGUAUGGAGAGUAUUCUAUUCUCGCAAGAGCUUUAUGUUUCCGGAACGUCAGUCGCAUCCACAUAAAAAUUGGAAUGAGGAAGUAAAAUUUUUGGAUCAACUUUUCGAAAAUGGCGCAGCAUACACGGUUGGAAAAAUCAAUGGAGAUCAUUGGUUCCUGUGGCUAGCAUCAUCUCCUGACGAAUUCUUAUCUCACAACUCUUCUCGAUUGAAAGAACCUUCACAUAUAGAUACAUUUUCAUAUCCUUUAGAUGAAAUAGAUCAAAAAAAACCUCCAAUUAUUAUUGAUUUAGAAGAUCAAACAAUUGAAAUUUUAAUGACUGAACUUAGUACAACGACGUUAAGUAAAUUCUAUCACAAUCCUUUAGAAGGUGAAUCAGGAACUGAAGGUGGUGUAAGAAUUGAUCAAAAAACUGGUUUGUGCAACCUUUAUCCCGAAGCGCAAUUAGAUUCUUAUCUCUUUAAGCCAUGCGGAUAUUCUGCAAACGGGUUGGUGGGAGAUAGUUAUUUCAAUGUUCACGUUACUCCUGAACCAAUUUGUUCCUAUGCUUCGUUUGAGACUAAUAUUCCAGUAAAUUCUGGAUCUAUUAUGGAUAUUAUCCGACAAGUGAUUGCGAUCUUUGAACCAGGAAAAUUUAGCGUAACCGUUUUUAAAACCCAAGAAGGUGACUUUGAUAAAAAAUUCUUGGUUGAAUCUAUCGAUGUUAUUGAUGGGUUUUCUAGAAAAGAUCGAAUAUUGUAUGAAUUAGAUGCAAAGCCAGCAAUUGAAAAAAUUCGUCAGUUAAUACCACCACUCUUACCAGAAUUUCAUAAAGGCCAAGCAGGUAGAAUAUGUGUUGUUGGUGGCUCUGAAGAAUAUACUGGCGCUCCUUAUUUCAGUUCGUUUUCAGCUUUGAAACUUGGUGCUGACAUAGCUUUCGUAGUCUGCGAGCCAACAGCAGCCUUGGCAAUUAAGAAUUACGCACCUGAUUUAAUGGUGCAUCCUUACAUGCGCCAAUCCGGAGACACUGGCAAGUCUUUGGAAGAGGUAAUCAAUAACGUGACUGGACUUUUUCCACGAACACAUGUUUUAAUUGUGGGCCCUGGUUUAUCAAGAGAUAAGAUGAUGUUGGAAAGCGCAAAAGGCAUUAUAACAAAGGCUAAAGAAAAAAAUUUACCUCUUGUUAUUGACGCGGAUGGUUUAUUUCUUAUUCAAAACCAUCCAGAAAUUAUAAAAGACUAUCCUAAAGCAAUUUUAACGCCUAACAUCGUUGAAUUCAAGAGACUUUGUGAUGCAAUGAAUAUUAAACUUGAAGGUAAUAAUAAGGAUGACAUGAUAGGAUUAUUAGGUCAAGCUUUUGGUGGAGUAACUAUUGUUCAAAAGGGACAAUAUGAUCUAAUAUCCAAUGGAAAGGAAGUUUUCAAAGUUGAUGACAAAGGGGGACUUAAACGGUGUGGUGGACAAGGAGACAUUCUUACUGGAUUGAUUGCAACUUUUCUUGCUUGGGGAUCCGCUUAUCAUGAUAAACUUUGGCAGCAUGAUAAUUCAAUAUCACCUACUGAAAUUCCAAUGCUGGCUAGUUAUGCGGCAUGUACUCUUAUGAGAGAAUGCUCACGUUCUGCUUUUGAGAAAUUUGGACGCGCCGUCCAAACUUCCGAUAUGAUUAACGAGAUUGGACCUUCAUUUCAAAAAUUAUAUGAGAGAUAA